CAUAUCAAUGCCGAUCAGAACUGAAUCAAAGAAACCAACUGUUGAACUAGCGAUUUAUAUAUUAAGAAUCACAUUUGUAUACAAUAUUUAAGAUGGAUUUCACAGGACUUUUGAUAUCAGUCGUACUGUUGACAUCUCUUUGCGAAUGUGGAAACAUUCUUGUUGUUCCAGUGGAUUUUGGCUAUAACAGCAGAAUGAGAAAUGUGAUAAAAAUUGGAAGAAUUAUGUUGAAUGCAGGGCACCAAGUAACCUUCUUGCUUUCUGACCAGAUUGAACAUGAUGCUUUGUAUAAAAUAGGCGAGACAAGUAAUAUGAACAAAACAUUCAAUGUUAUACAUUUCAAGAAGCCACCUGUAGAUGUAUCCAAAGACAUGAAUUCUUUGAAUCAGGAUUUUAUAAACAGUUUGAUAGUGAGUGCUGUAGAUGCAUAUGACACUAUAGUACCAGUAUAUUCUGAUUUUAUUUCCUUUCCUCUGAAGGACAGAAGUAUUUGGAAAAAGUUUGCCAGGUCAAAGUUCGACUUGAUAAUAAGCGAUGAGCGUAUGUUUGUUUCAAGGGUUAUAAGUGCAAGUUUCAAUAUUCCAUUGAUUCUUUAUGAAAAUUGGGGACCGAUGAUUUUUGAUACAAAUCUUGUACAAAGAUUCAAUCUUGCAUAUGUUCCUGCUUUCCUUCACCCAUCCUCUGACAUUAUGUCUUUCUCAGAAAGAGUUUACAAUGUUUGGGAGUACUUUAAACUUCAAAAUGUGAACAGGAAAGUUUACAGUAUAUCUAUUGCAAUAUGUAAAGAAUUGGGUUAUGGCGAUCCCUGUGAUAACAUAGAGAAUGCUGACAAAACUGCCUCUUUGGUCUUUAUGAACAGAAAUGACGCACUUCAUUACCCAAUUCCCUUAAUGCCACAUGUUAUAUCUGUAGAAGGAUUUUUCCUCGAAGACCCAAAGCCUUUAGAUCAACACUAUGUCAACAUUAUUGAGAAAGCUGGAAAACAUGGGAUAAUUGUUGUGAGCUUUGGGUCAUUGUUCCGUAGACUCUGGCCAGAACUUCGAACCACAUUUGCCAAAGCAUUUGCUGCUUUGCCACAAACUGUGAUUUGGAGUUACGAAGGCCCUAUACCAGAAGGUCUUGGAAAUAAUACGAUAGUGAGUAAAUGGAUACCCCAAGAAAGCCUAUUGAAUCACCCUGCUACUAAACUAUUUGUGACACAGUGUGGAGCUUCAUCCAGCUUUCAAGCUUUGCAUUACGCCCUCCCUGUGAUUGGAGUACCAUUCUUUUUUGAUCAGCCUUUCUAUUGCCAGAAACUCUCCCAUAGAGUAAAAUCUGGUCAAACUGUUUCUUUGGAAGGAAUCACCAGCGAGAAACUUCAACGAGCCAUGAAGGAGGUUAUAGAGAAUAAAACAUACAAGGCGAAUGCUGAAAGAGCUGCUGCUAUAUACCAUGAUCAACCCAUACCACCAAAGGACAAACUUGUCUACUGGGCUGAAUAUGUAAUACGCCACAAGGGUGCACCCCAUUUACGAUCCCAAGCUGCUAAUGAACUGAAUUUCUUCCAAUAUUAUUUGCUCGACAUUAUAGCACUAGUGUGUUGUGUUUGCAUUAUCAUUGGAACAGUUCUGGUAAUUAUAGCCAAGAAAGUCAUUUGCUUUAUAUUCUCUUAUCAGAAGGACAAAUAUGAUUAAUAAAGUAUUUGCACAUAGCUAGGCAAGGUGUGUCCGAUUCUAGACAAUUAGAGGACAAUAUUUCAUAUAACUGCAUUGCAUUAUAUAACCAACAACUCACACAACGGGUCAUUUUAGAUCCAAGUGAAACU